AUGGCCGCGCCGGGCCCCGCAAUGCGGCGCACAGCGCUCGCUGCUUCCACGCUUCUAAGAAGAGCGGUUCCUAUGACUCGAGUGCAUGCUGCGCAUACACCUCUUGUCUCUCGAUGUUCCGCACUUCCUUUUACCACGCCGACGCCACAUUCCCUCUCCCAAACCCGACAUAGUUCCUAUUCUGCGCCAACGCCAAGUGGGAACGAAAAGGCCCGCAAGAAGGUCACGAUCCAGACGCUUCGGAAUUUGUACAAAAAGGGCGAGCCGAUUACUAUGCUCACAGCGCAUGACUUCCCAAGUGCCCAUGUGGCUGAUGCGUCGGGGAUGGACAUGGUUUUGGUGGGGGAUAGCUUGGGAAUGGUAGCGCUUGGACUGGAUAACACGACCGAGGUCGUAAUGGAAGAGAUGAUUCUGCAUUGUCGGAGUGUAGCACGGGCAACGAAAGCUGCGUUUAUCGUUGGAGAUCUACCUAUGGGCUCAUAUGAAGUGUCCCCCGAGCAGGCUAUUGAGUCAUCCUUGCGGCUCGUCAAAGAGGGCCGCGUACACAGCGUCAAAAUUGAGGGUGGCGAGGAACUCGCGCCAACAAUAAAGCGCAUCACACAAGCGGGCGUGCCGGUAGUAGGCCACGUCGGCCUCACACCUCAGCGACAGAAUGCGCUGGGCGGCUUCCGCGUCCAGGGUAAGACGUCGGAGAGUGCGAUGAAGCUGCUGCGCGAUGCGCUGGCGAUGCAAGAGGCUGGCGCGUUCAUGCUUGUACUUGAGGCAAUGCCGUCGGAGGUUGCCACGAUCAUUACGCAAAAGCUGCAGAUCCCGACUAUCGGAAUUGGCGCUGGAAACGGCUGCUCGGCUCAGGUGCUCGUGCAGGUUGACAUGACUGGCAACUUCCAGCCUGGUCGAUUUGUGCCGAAGUUUGUUAAGCAGUAUGCAGAUGUCUGGAGUGAGGCUGCUCGCGGCAUUACGCUGUAUCGCGACGAGGUGAAGAGUCGAGCAUUCCCUUCCGAGGAAUACACAUACCCAAUUCCGAAGGAUGAGCUUGCUGGAUUCCAGAAAACGGUGGACGAAGUCUUCCCGAGUUCAUGA